AUGGCGACCAUCGUUCCCAAAACUGUCCGCGCACAGCUUGAGGACCUGAGAAAAGCCCUUCUGGAGGUCCAGAAACAAAAGGAAGAGCUGGCCGCAGUGAAUGCUGGCCUGGUGGAGGAGAAGGGGAACAUCUUGAAGGCUCUACAGUCAGAAAGAAGAAUGAGAAACAACUUUGAGAAGGACAGGAAACUCAAGGAGUCGGAGAAAGACGAAGAGAUCCGCCUUCUUAAGGAAAGUCUGACCAUAGAAAAAAAUCUCACAGAGGCAGUGAAAAGCCACUGGAGUUCAGAGUUCGAACAGUUCAACGCAUCCAUUACAGAGGAGAACAGGAAGAUGAGACAGGCCUGGCAGGACGAGAUCAAUCUUAUCAAAUUGAAAAAGAAGGAUUCGGUGAUGCAAAAGAAGCUUUUGAUGUCGAAAAACACGGAUUUGAUGUUGCAAAACAAGGAUUUGAUGUCGAAAAAGGAGGUGAUCUCCGAGAGACUGCGGCAGCUGGAGAAAAACAGCAGAGAGAUGGAGGAUGGGUGGCACGUCAAGGAAGAAGAGAUGGAGAUCCUCAGAGGGCACAACACAGACCUCAGCCUCAGCCUCCAGGAACUAGAGAAGAAGAGCAGAGAGAUGGAGGAUGGGUGGAACAUCAAGGAGGCUCAAAGAGAAGAAGAGAUGGAGAUCCUCAGAGGGCACAACACGGACCUCAGCCUCAGCCUCCAGGAACUAGAGAAGAAGAGCAGAGAGAUGGAGGAUGGGUGGAACAUCAAGGAGGCUCGAAGAGAAGAAGAGAUGGAGAUCCUCAGAGGGCACAACACUGACCUCAGCCUCAGCCUCCAGGAACUAGAGAAGAAGAGCAGAGAGAUGGAGGAUGGGUGGAACAUCAAGGAGGCUCAAAAGAAAGAAGAAAGAUGGAGAUCCUCAGAGGGCACAACACGGACCUCAGCCUCAGCCUCCAGGAACUAG